UACCAAUUCAUGGCUCUUAACUGGGUUUGAUGCAAAAAUCUUCUCUAAAGUAGAUAAGGGUGCUUUUGAUCUUGGUAUCUUUCUUUUGGGUCCAUUGAAAUCAACUUGAAUUGAAUGCAAAGAUUGCAGCUUGUGAGUGGAAUUAUUGUUCUCAGUAAUCACACACCACUUCAGGUCCUUUGAGUUUCAAGUAACUAUUCAGUUACAGUUGGACCAUCCAAAAGUUUUACCUUUACGUAUUCUAAUUCUGGCUUGGAAGAUUUUGUGUGAAGCAUUUUUCAAUCGAGUUAAAUUUGAAUCAUUGAUCAUCAAAACCAUGUAUGAUUGUGGUUUAGAGAAAGCGCACGUUGCGGUUCCAUUAGGAAGUGCGUGUACGUAACCCUUUCUCUGGUUAUAAAGACCGAAGCACCCUCAUUGGAAUAUUCUUCUUCCUGUUCACUUUCAUGCAUGCUCAUCACACUUUCCAAGUUUUGUUCACACAGAUAUAAUAUAAUGCUUUCCCAAUAGUUUCAGACAAAUUGAGUAAUUUGGGAAAAACCAAAUGAUGUUCUUGACAGAACCUGUUGUCAGAGCUAAGUUCAAGAUAUCAAGAAAGCUAAACAAAAGAGAGGACAUCUGCUAUAUCAAGCUACAAUGGCAGGGUUAAAUUUUGAAGCCACAUAUACUGACAACCAUGAUAUUCUGAAGAUACUUGAAGCUGAAGGUGUUGAGUUCCUUUUAUCUUCUGAAGGGAAGGUACCUGUGUCAGAAUGCAAUGGGAAAGUCAUGUGCCUAUUUUUCAGUGCAAACUGGUGCAGGCCUUGCAGAGCUUUCACUCCCCAUCUUGUUGAACUUUAUGAAACACUGAGAAAGAGGGGAAUAAAUAUAGAGAUCAUCUUCAUCUCCUUUGACCGUGAUGAGGAUGGAUUUAAAGAGCACUUCAAGAGCAUGACAUGGCUAGCUGUCCCAUUUGAUGUAAAUUUGCACAGAAGACUGAUUGACAGAUACAGAGUUGAUAGAAUCCCAUCAUUUAUUCCAUUAUGUUCAGAUGCUAUAACUGUUGAAGAAGACUUGAUUGGCUGCAUUGAAGAUUAUGGUGCUGAUGCAUUUCCUUUCACUAGGAAGAGACACCAGGAAUUGAAAGCCAUGGAUGAAAGGAAGCUUGAGGAAGCAAACUUGGAAGAGUUAUUGGGACAUGAAGGACGCCGCUUUCUCAUCUGUGGAGAUGAUAGAAAGGUGCCCAUAUCUGAAGUAGCUGGUAAAACCAUAGGCCUGUAUUUUUGUGCCUACUGGUCUCCUCCUUGCUGUGCCUUCACUGUCCAACUUAGAGAUGCAUACAACAAACUCAAGGCUGCAAAAGGAGACUGCUUUGAGAUUGUUGUAAUAUCAACAGAUAGGGAUCUUGAUGAAUUCAAUGUCAACAAAAGUAGUAUGCCAUGGCUUGCUGUUCCAUAUGAGGACAGGACAAGGCAUGACCUUAGAAGAAUCUUCAAUAUAAAGGGCAUUCCUGCAUUGGUUCUCAUUGGAGCAGAUGGCAAAGUAAUCAGUGUGAAUGGCAAGUUUAUGAUCUCCUCAUAUGGUGCAGAAGCUUUUCCCUUUACCGAAUCACGGAUAAGAGACCUAGAAGCAGCUCUGAGAAAGGAAGGAGAGGCUUUGCCAAAGCAGGUUGAAGAUGUGAAGCAUGAACAUGUGCUGAAACUGGAUAUGGCCAAAGCAUAUGUAUGUGAUUCCUGUAGAAAGCAAGGGAAGUUCUGGACAUUCUCUUGUGAUGUUUGUGACUAUGACCUGCACCCAAGUUGUCUAGAAAAGGCCAACUAGAACUACAACUGAUAGAGAAUAGAAAAACGUAAGUUUGGAACAAUUAUGCUUAUUUCUGUUGUGAUGGAAAGAAUGUUGUAAUACCUAAAAAAUUUGAACAUUCAAUAUAUUUUCUUUCUUUUGAGUAUGUUGAUAAAA